AUGCCUCCAAGACUCAAAUCUGGUGUCUUUCGACCAUUCGUAUGCCCGGAAUGCCAGCUCCGCCGGCGCCUCUAUCGCGACCAACCUCUGGUCCGCCGCUCUAGCUUCAGCACAUCCCCGCGGCUCCAGAGCAAGUACCUCCAUCUCACGAACCGCAGCGUCAUCCGCCUCGCGGGCCCCGACGCCGCCCUGUUCCUCCACAACCUCAUCCCGGCCAAGAUCCUCGACAUCGGAGGCAGCACGAACCCAAUCUACACGGCGUUCCUCUCGGCCCAGGGACGGAUCUUGAACGACGUCUUCGUCUACCCUCCAAGCCCCGUUGGUGAACACCCCGGGGAAGAAUGGUUCAUCGAAGUCGAUGCAGAGAGCGCGGGGGACCUGUUGAAGCACCUGAAGAAACACAAGCUACGGGCAAAGUUUACGCUGGAGAGGAUAGACGGGCAGAGAAUGGGCGUGUAUUAUACUUGGCCACCACCUGCCAGCGGUAGUCAGGGUUCGGUGAGUUCGAGCAGCAGCACAUGGGGUCUCGGAGGGCAAGAUCCCCGGCCUGGGAUGGGCGUCCGCUGGCUGCUCGAUCGGGCAUCCUCGAAACCAGGCGCACUGCAGCGAUUGGAAGACAGCGGGAGCCAACCGGCCUCGCUGGAGGAGUACACGGUGCACCGCAUGCUCAACGGCGUCGCGGAGGGCCAGUCGGAGAUCAUCCCGGGCCACGCGCUGCCGCAGGAAAGCAACAUUGAUUUCUUCGGUGGGAUCGACUUCUUCAAGGGCUGCUACCUGGGCCAAGAGCUGACCAUCCGGACGCACCACACCGGCGUGGUCCGGAAGAGGAUCCUCCCGUGCCAGCUGUACGACGCCGACGAGCAGCCACUGCCGCCGGCGGACCAGGAGCUGCCCGAGUACAAGCCCGGCGUGGACAUGCCACACCCGCCGCCAGGUUCCAACAUCUGCAAGCUCAAGGCGAAAGGGCGGGGGCGGAGCAGUGGGAAGUGGCUGGCGGGGGUGGGCAACAUCGGGCUCGCGCUGUGUCGCUUGGAGAUGAUGACGGACAUCCAGUUGACGGCCGACCGGACGAACUACGACCCGGCCGAGCAGUACAAGGUGCAGUGGGAAGCAGGGGAGGGCGUCGAACAGCAGCAGCUGGGGGUCAUGCUCAAGCCGUUUGUGCCCCAGUGGCUGAGGGAGGGCGUCGAGCAGAGUUUACGCAGGAAGGAGAAGAAGGUCAAACCCCGACGGGAAGAGGAGGAGGAUGACGAGGAACUUGAAUAA